AACGAAGUUCCCGAAGAGAAAGUAACUCUUCUCAAAGGCGAAGAGAAAGAGGAUAAGAAGAAAGACGGAAAUGGCGAACAAAAGAUACAAAAUGAAAUACCGAGCAACAAUUCUAAAUUUGCUCAUGCAAAUGGUGAAGGAAGUGAGCCUGAUCGAAAGGUAGAGGACAAUGAAAAGGCGAAAACGGCAGGAAAUGGCAAGAACAGCGAAGAAGAACCGGUAAAUUUCAAAAAAGGUAAAACUCAGAAAAGUGAUACAGACAACACAGGUGAAAGUAACGAAGAUGGCGAAUCCGGCGACGAAGGCACCAGACCCACUACAGAUGGACAAGACAAAACACCGAAUCCACAACAAUCAGGUGGUAAUCAGGUAUGUUUGUGCAAUACUUUUAGCUUUUAAUAUCAUAUAAAGCAAAAUAAACCGGCCGAAAAUAGAAAAUAACAACAUUUUGCGUAUCGUCAUUUCUUACAGUGAUUUGUAUACAUUAAUAUAAUCGAUACUUAGUCUCUGGCACGCCAAUUAACUUUCGUAUAGUGAGCACAUAUAGUUGUGUGCACGGUAGAUGGAAAUUCCGAAAACACCGUUCCAUUGUACAUGAAACUCUGUAUAAACGGCCCUAGUUGUCCUUUUUCGUUCAAAAACCGAACGGAGAUAUUCGGCUUUUAAUACUCUAAAACGCGAUAUUUCGAAAAUUAUGGUCGCUGCGUAUGGUAAACACAGUUUUGUGUGCACGUUAAAUGGGAAUUUUGAAAGCACCAUUCUAGUCUACUUUAAAUUCUAUAUAAGAUACCUUAAAGUGCCCCUACGACGAAAAAAUCCUCUCUCCAAUUUAGAUCUUUGUAAAACAUUACCUCGAAAUAAGCUAG